GGUAUCCAAUAGAGAAAUUUGCUGCACGUGGUGGAAGGAGAGGAAAGCAGGAAAGUCGUAUUGUCUGGAAUCUGGUAUCCUCGUACCUUUGCACGUUUCCUCCGGCACGUACUGCAAUUUUGGCCACGAUUUUGGAACGAUUAUUGGAGCCAAUUUCGGUAUUUGGACGCGGCUUGAGGAACAUUUUAUGCAUCAGAAUGUCAACGUUCCUUGGGCUUAUCGAGGAGAUACCAGGCAUCUCGGUGGAUCGUUUUGAUGGAGAAAACUUGAAAUCCUCUGCGUAUUUUCUUAGCCAUUGUCACACUGAUCAUAUGAAAGGCUUGAACUAUGCAUUUUUUGAACAUUUAAGACAGCAUAAAAAGUACCUUUAUUGUACUCCUAUCAGUAAAGUAUUCUUAGAAGCUAAGUAUGAUAAUUCAGAAACCUGCGUAAAGGACAUUGAGAUAAAAAAAAAAUUCGAAAUUGAGUAUAAAAGCGUAGGUGACGAUGAAAAGACUGUUCUUUAUGUAACAUGUAUUCCUGCUGGACAUUGUCCCGGCUCUGUGAUGUUUCUUUUUGAAAAAAUGGAGAAAUUAAUAUUAUAUACUGGAGAUUUUAGAAUCAAUCCAAGAGAUUACGAAAAACUAAGUCCGCUGCAUCACAUAGAUUUCAAUAAUAGCUAUCCAAAGAAGUUUGCCAAAAUGUACUUAGACACAACAUUUUUGGAUCGCGAUUUUGCCUAUUUCCCGACAAGAAGAGACAGUAUGAAUGUGAUGUAUAAAGUUGUGAAGGAAUGGCUAGAUAAAAGCUCAAGGAAUGUCGUUAUUCUGGAAUGUUCCGCUACAUAUGGUUCUGAGUAUCUCUACAGGGAGCUGUCAAAAUUUUUUAACUUACCUAUUCACGUUAUGGAUUACGUAUAUGAGAGCUAUUGUCGUAUCGGUGACUUGGAACAUCACAUUACAAAUAAUCCAUUCGCUACGCGUAUACAUGCAUGUAUGGGGAAACUAGACGUUCUAAACCUGAACGGUUUGAAAUGUCGUACUGAUAUCCUCGAGAAGGAAAUAUUAAUUGUUGUACCGUCAGUAAUGAAAUGGAAGGGCAGGGAUACGAGUGUAGUUGGAGAAUGGGAUUGUACUAGGAACAGGACGUUUAAUGUGUGUUACUCCACACAUGCUUCUUGUCAUGAACUUGAGGAAUUUAUACGAUACUUUAAACCAGAGGAUAUAUAUCCUUGUGUAUGUCCAGAAGAUGCAAAAUACAGAGUAUUUUAUUUGCUACGUGAAAUUAAAAAUAAAAUUAAAAAAGAAAGGGGCGAUGCAGUUUAAAAUUAUUAAAAAUACAUGUUAAAUUCUUAAGCGCGAAGUUAAAGGUAAACCGCUAGGUAUCUAAUAAUAAUGAUGAUGAUAAUUCUCUCUUAAGUUAAUAGAUAAUUUGUUCUCAAUUUUUGCUAAUUUUGAUUCUCUAAUUGUAUUAAGCUUAUAAUUACGCGCCGUUAACAGAUACGUUACUGUUAUAUUAUAUUAGAUAUAAAAGUUUGUAUUUUUAUACAAUAAAAUAUAAUGAAUGUUAUACUAAUUAAUGAUAUCCUUAUUCUUAAACUGAGUCUUGAACGCGGUGUGAGAGGAGUAAUUUGAAGAACCAUAUUUACUACCGCAUGCAAAUUGAACCUUUUUUUUUAUAUCUUGCUUCUCUUAUCUUGU